AUCUAUUUGUGUCCCUGAGAAGACAUAAUCCUCAUUUCUCGUGGUCUUUGAGUAUUAAGGCAAACCCAGUUCUUCCGGAUGUGAUAUCCGUGUCGACUGUAUAUAAGAACAAGUUUAAUGCAUGUUGGCACAUACAAUACUCUUUCUUGGGCGUCAGACAUAAACUCUUAAACCAGCAUUGCAGAAUGGACAGCAAGUUGAUUUUCGUCGCUGUUUUUCUGGGAGCGUUUUCAGCGGUCAUCGCAGAUUCGUGGACCCCAUGGUAUGACCGGGACAACCCAUCAGGAACUGGAGACUGGGAAUCAGUAGGGUCACUAUUAACUGAAAAUCCGUCGACAAUGUGUCAAAAGCCAGUAGCAAUCGAGUGCCAGACCACAGCCGGUCAACCAUAUACAUCAACCGAUGAUACUGUUUCUUGCUGCCCAUCGGCUGGUCUCGUAUGUAAGCAGGCUGAGAAUGGAAAUUCCUGCGCUGAUUAUAGAGUUCGUUUCUUAUGUCCAGAUAAAUGGACUCAGUGGUUUGAUCGAGAUAACCCAUCAGGUACUGGUGACUGGGAGAACGUGCCGAAUUUAUAUUCCGAAAACCCGAAUACAAUGUGUGAAAAACCGUCAGGAAUUGAGUGCCGGACUACAGGCGGUAAUUCCUACAGAUCUACUGGUCAGACGCUCACCUGCUGCGCUAAAGAAGGCCUAAUCUGUAAGAACGCAGACAAUACUGGUUUAUGUAGCGACUACAAAGUUCGGUUCUUAUGUCCAGAUUUGUAAUAUGAAUGCUGUUACGCAAUAUCUGGAAGUUUGAAAACAUGGACAUUGAUAAUAUUGUUGUAGCCUAUCGAUAUUCAAGCAACUACGAUUCAUCAGAUACAUAGAAAAAAGUUAAAAGAUGUCGUCAUAAUACGUUUGGCAGUUCUGUACAAUACACCGCAUAAAUAUAAUAGGUCUAAACUGCGUGUUAUCUCCUUUUUUCUCAUUUUUCUAUAAAGAUAAUUAACAAAACAGCUUAAUUAUUUUAUUUAUUUAUUUAUUUUUUGCAUUUCUUGAUCAAAAUUUUCUACGAAUUAUAUCUAAAGAGAAAUAUUCGUUUAAUUACUUUAAUAAAUCAUAUUGUGGCACUUUGGAA